AAAUCAGCUAAGAUGGGUGCAGGACUGUGAAAUGCGGCUGUUUAUCCAAUCAACCCAGUAUCUGAACAGCUGCGAACUUUCUUUGAACCUUGCGCCUGUCCCUUUCCCAAAAACCUAAAUAAUUAGCCUGUUCAGGAGACUGACUUCCUCGCACUGAAGACCAUCACGCCAACAUUCCCUCCCAUCUCCGCCUUGCUGGACUGAAAAUGUCUUCAGCAUUGAGCAAGCGCCAGCAGGCUCGUCAUGAGAGAACCCUACAGGAACUCAUAAGAAGUGUCCCCGGAAAUGACCGCUGCGCAGACUGUGAGGCGCGUAAUCCUGCAUGGGCAAGCUGGAACCUUGGGAUCUUCCUAUGUAUGCGCUGUGCGGGCCUUCAUCGCAAGCUCGGAACCCAUAUUUCCAAAGUGAAGUCAUUAAGCAUGGAUACCUGGUCUCAAGAUCAAGUGGAUAAUAUGAAAAGAAAUGGCAACGCGGUAGUGAACAAGGUGUACAAUCCAAAACAUAUCAAGCCGCCGAUACCGAUAGAUGCCGACGAGGUUGAUCCGGCAAUGGAGCGUUUCAUUCGCAAGAAAUACGAAUCCAAGGUCCUCGAGGACGGAAAGCCCAAGAUCCCCAGCCGGGAGGAUCCGAGCUAUGUUACGAAGCACGUCGAAGACUCUCCUCCACCGCUGCCUCCGAAGCCAAGCAGAAAGUUUGGGUUUGGUUUCCGAUCGUCCUCCUCACACUCUGGAUCCAAUAAGUCGUCUCCCCGCCGUGAAUCUUUCGGCUCCAUCUCUCAAAAUUCGACGCUACACAGCAACAAGCCAUCCCGUUCGCUGGGAUUCAGUUUCAACGAUCCUAGUGGCUCUCUUGAAUCCAAACUAGCUGUGUUACGAAACAUGGGGUUCCCUGAUGAUAAGCGGAAUGCAACGAUUCUCAAAGGUUUAAAUGGCGACGUUGAAAAGACGAUCGAUGCAUUAGUGAGACUGGGAGAAGGAAAUGGAUCUACUUCCCGAUCCCGUACACCGGUCUUGAAAACGCCCACAAGCGCCAAGUUUUCCGAUUCAUAUGACCCAACCGGCUCGAGCAAUCCAUUUGAUAAAAUGGGGUCUUCAUCAUCGCGAAGCUCUGCUGGAAUAUCGAUUAAUCGUCGAGAAUCUCAUAGCACAACGAGCAGUUCUGAUGAAGCGGCCGCAAGAAAGCUCGCUCCUUAUAAUCCCUUCGGUGUUCCUCCAUCGCAACAAGCUCCAACACAAACGCUCGAGCAGUCCUUCCAAAAUCUACAAGUGUCCCAGCCUUUGUUUCCAAACAUGACUGGGGGGUAUCCCAGCCAGCAGGGUCAAGCUACCUACCGGCACUAUCAGCAGUCUAUGACGCCUCCGGUUACGAUGGCAUCUCAGAGCGGCUUUGCUGUAUCUCCCGGUAGCUUAAACGGCAGUUACAAUCCUUUUUUCCAAAGUUCUUCAGCCGUUGACGGUGUAGCUGGUGCUGUUUAUCCGUCUCAAUCACAGAAUCUAUCCCCAACGAAUCCAUUCUUUUCCCAAGCAGCACCCCCAAACAACUUCCAACUUCAGCUUCCCGAUCUACGACAGCCUGCACAAAUCAGCAGUACAUCUGAAGUAUUUCAGCUCCAGCAUGCUAAUACUAUGCCAAUGAUGUCCACCUCUUCCUUUGAUAACCCCCCGCAACAUCAACAACCGCCACCGUUUCCCCAAAGUGCUCCAAUCACACCAGUACAUUCGACAAAUAUGCCAUUUUUCCAGAAUCCAUACGCCCAGCAACAACAGCAAUACUUUCAACCACAACAACCUAACCGGAUGGAUAAGUCCAGCAUCCUCGCUCUCUAUAACUUUUCCAAACCUCCUCCAACUAUUCCUGAACAACCCCAACCGCAAUCUCAACCUGAUACUGUCGUUCCCCAAACCCAGCAAUCAACAAAUCCCUUUCCCUUACCUUCAAGCAACCAAGCAACCUCGCCUCAGCCACCUCAACCGUCUACUACCGGGGGUCGAAACCCUUUUUUCACCUCGUCAAACGCAAAUACAGGUUUAACAAACAAUCCACUCGGGAGCGGUGCCAAUUCUCAGCCUGCGAACCCAACUUAUAUCCGAACGCAUAUGAGCCAGGAGAGUAUGGACAUCGGCCGGGCACAGAGUGGACGGCAUAGUCCUGAUGUGUUCGCGAGUUUAAGUGCUAGAUACGGGUAAAAAAAAUGAACAAGGUCGAAGGGCAAAUUGAAUGAAGACAUUGGGACUUUCUUUCUGCUUAUGCUUUUGUUUUCCCUCACAUAUUGUAACUUUCCCAUUCCCUUCUUGGCGGUGAUUGGUUAGUAUUUUCCGGCCCUUUUGGCAUAUUUUCUCUUUUUUUUUUUUGAUUCAUAAUUACUAUUUUGAUGAAGAUAUUUGCCUCCUUUCAAUGUAUAAGCCGCCUCAUGGUUGCUUUACUUCGUGGUGGUGGAGAGAAUAGUUGAGUUGCCUUUUUUUUGGGAAUCAUCUCCGGAUCUCCUUCCCGCUCCGGCUUCUCGUCCGCGUGAAGCCAUCGCCUUCAAUUCUUUUCUUAAGAUGUGAUACCCAUACUCCUUUUUAAUCCCUUUCCUCCUUUAAAACUCUCCUUUUGUUUCCAUUUUGUUUUGAUAAUUGAAUCCCUAACUGGUAUUUUUUUUUCCCUCCCUGUCCCUUUUGGCUUCAAUGUCAAUACUUAUCUUUUUCGCAUUCCCUUUGGUUCAGCUCUGGGACCUCUUUCCUAUCAGCCCAUGAGCAUCGCGGAAGGUAUAUUUAAUCAGGAUGACGAUGGUGUAGCAUUGGAUCGGGAUCCGCCUAAUUCCUAUUUCAUUUGUUUUGACAUGAGGCAUCGCACACACGGGCGCCAAGUUGAAUAAAGUGGGCAUUAAAAUGUUGGUAUAUAUGUAUGUACAUACAUUUGGAAUGAGAAGCGGGAAAAGAAAAAA